GGACGCAAGAAGGUGCAGCUACAUCUUCCUCCCUGGUUUUCCGUGUACAUGCUGGCCAACAGCGCGCUGGUCUUCUCCUACGCGGAAAUGAUGGGGAGGAUCAAGGCACGUGCUUACGCAGUAACUGUAACGUUGGGCAUGGCUUGCCGCGCUGACCAUGGCCUACAGUUACAAUUUCGUACACCCGCGCUCGGGAGGCGGUACGACGGGCGCCGUUAUGGUGCUUUCCUGGAGGUCCUUCGCCUCCUCCUGUUCUUCGGGGUGUCCUACUGGUACCCCAUGUUCGGCAGCGCCACUACUGUGAGGCGUGUGUCCUGGAUGAACCUCCUGAGCCUACUGAUGUGGCCCGUGGUGGCGAUCCUCACCUUCAGGAGGGCAGAGAAGAGCUGGAAGACGAAGCCACAGCCUGGCGAGGCAGCGAAGAGAAAGUGAACUGGCAUCACGUUUCACAAAUGUUGACACGUCGAGGCUGCAAUCUGAUAGUAUUGUCUCGACUAUUUCCCUUUUUGUAACUGACAAAUUUUGCAAAACAGAGUGCUUCGUAUGCUUAAAAUAUUUUUCUACA